AUGGAAGACAUCUUGCUCUACUCAUCUUUGAGCUCGCUUCUCCUCCUCUUCAUUGCUUUCAAAAUUUUCCUUCAAACAAGAACACAACGCAAACACCUUCCACCCAGCCCACCUUCUCUACCAAUUUUAGGUCAUCUCCAUCUCCUUAAGAAACCUCUUCACCGCACUUUUCACCGCCUAUCACAAAAAUACGGUCACGUUUUCUCUCUUCGAUUUGGUUCCAAACUUGUGGUCAUCAUAUCAUCCCCAUCUGCAGUUGAAGAAUGUUUCACCAAAAACGACAUUGUUUUAGCCAACCGUCCUCGUUUCUCAGUGGGCAGGCACUUAGGCUACAACUACACCACUAUGGUAUCAGCCCCUUAUGGAGACCAUUGGCGCAACCUUCGCCGCAUCAGUGCCUUAGAAAUCUUUUCAACAAAUCGUCUCAACAUGUUCUUAGGCAUUCGAAGGGACGAGAUCAAGCACUUGCUACACAAACUGUCAAACAACUCGACCCAAGGUUUCGCUAAGGUAGAGUUGAAAUCUAUGUUCUCGGAGCUGACAUUUAACAUUAUAAUGAGAAUGGUGGGAGGGAAGAGGUACUAUGGGGAAGAUGUGAAAGACGUGGAAGAAGCAAGGCAGUUCAGGGAGAUAAUGAAUGAGAUAGUAAAGUUAGCCGGGGCGUCGAAUCCAGGAGAGUUUGUGGCGGUGUUGCGGUGGAUUGAUCAUGGGGGUUUGGAGAAAAAGUUGAAGGGACUUGCCAAGAGAACGGAUGUGUUCUUGCAAAGUCUAAUUGAUGAAGUGAGGAAUAAGGAAGAGGAAGGGAACACCAUGAUCGAUCAUCUUCUUUCUUUGCAAAAAUCACAACCGGAAUACUACACCGACCAAAUUAUCAAAGGGCUAAUGAUGGUCUUGAUACUUGCAGGAACUGACACAUCAGCAGUUAUAUUAGAAUGGGUAAUGUCCAAUUUGAUUAAUCAUCCUGAUGUGUUGAAGAAGGCUAGGGUAGACUUGGACAAUCAAAUUGGACAAGAGAAAUUAAUAGACGAACUAGAUGUUUCUAAAUUACACUAUCUUCAAUGUAUCAUCUCAGAGACCUUUCGAUUGUACCCUGCUGCCCCCUUGUUAGUACCUCAUUUCUCUUCUAAUGAUUGUACCAUCGGAGGAUAUGAUAUACCACGUGACACAAUUUUAUUGGUCAAUGCAUGGGCCAUACAUAGAGAUCCUGAAUUGUGGGAAGAUACUACUAGUUUUAAACCUGAAAGGUUUGAAAUUGGUGAAUGCGACCCAUAUAAGUUAAUGCCUUUUGGAUUGGGGAGGAGGGCCUGUCCUGGGGCUGGCCUUGCCCAACGUACAAUAAGCUUGACAUUGGGAUCACUGAUUCAGUGCUUUGAGUGGGAAAGAGUUACUAAUGAAAAAGUUGACAUGACUGAAGGUAAUGGAAUAACCAUGCCAAAAGUCAUACCAUUGGAAGCCAUGUGUAAAGCACGCCCUAUCAUGCAUAAGAUUCUUUCCAUGUCUAUGCAUGAUGUUUGAACUGUAUCCUUGGGUUUUUAGGGAGUAGCUUAGCUAUAUUUGCAAAGUAUACUUUAGAGUUAUGGUACAAAUUGUUUAGUAAACACUUUCAUAAUAACUAAAUUUUAUCUUCUUCCUUUUAUUUU